AUGCCGCGCUACCAAUACUCGCAACCUUUACCCCCUUCCCUCCCUCGUUGCCCUCCCCACGCCAAUUGCCCGCAGCUUAAACUUAUCCAACUACCAGCUCUUCCACCAUCAUUUGAACAAACUCCAACGGCACAGCAGGAACUGCUACUAGGGCGUGAGGUGCUGGAGCAGGGGGUACUGCUCAGCCUCCAUAAACAAGAUGAGGCCGCCAUGGAGCGCAGUUUCGCACAGCUCCGAACCUACUACAACGACACACGUGCCCUGCUUCCGGCCUCUCCCAGCGAGGUGACUAUGCAGGGCCUCAACCUGCUGCGAUUGCUGGUCCAGAACCGCAUCGCCGAGUUUCACACGGAGUUGGAGCUCAUCCCGCCGCAGGCUCAGCAAGAUUCAGCCAUCUUGCAGCCUGUGCAGCUGGAGCAGUGGCUGAUGGAGGGCGCAUACAACAAGGUACUGGCGGCCUCCCGCGAGGCCGCUUCGGAGGUGCACGGCAUGCUGCUGGCGCAGCUGGCCACGACCGUCAGAGACGAGGCUGCGAGCUGCAGUGAGAAGGCCUACGAGCGGCUGCGUGUACCGGACGCCCAGAAGCUGCUGCUGUUUGACAACGAUGCGGAGGUGCGGGAGUAUGCGAACGAGCACGGAUGGACGAUCACGCCCGAUGACUACAUUGUCUUCCGAGCGGCCGCGGCGGAGGGUACGGCAGCCUCCAAGGCCAUUCCCUCCCUGGAGCUGAUCAACAACGCGCUGGUAUAUGCCAAGGAGCUCGAGCGGAUAGUUUGA